AUGUCGCUGGCGAGCUGGUUAGACGGCGUGAACAAGAAACACGCGAAUACGGUGUACGCGUCGCCAGAGCUGGAUAGGGAGUAUCGCAGCAUCCGCAGACGCCGUUCGAAGAGCCUGGGCGAUGUAGGGGGGAAGAGUGUUAUGGAGGACACAGUAUCCACAGGAUCCACACCUGCCACACCACUCACACCCUCCAAACCGCGACAUAUUCAAAUCCCUCAGUCAAAUUUCAAUCCGCGGGAUAAUACGCCAUCCAAGUGGUCCGGAGGCGCGGGAUUGAAGACGCCGACACCGACGACGAACCGAACACCCAGAACACCUAAAACACCUAAAACAGUAAAUUCUCCGAGGUCUCCGAGGUCUCCACACGCACACGCAUACACACACUCCUGGACGCAGAACAGAGUCGUAGGCGCAUCUCUCUUCUCCAACACCUCUGCCAUCCCCUCGCCCAAAGAGAGAGGUAUUCCAGUAUCGCCGAAUGUUUCAUCCAAGAGACGCGCCGAACGCAGCGAACGCGUCGAGUAUCCAGGCUUUGCAGAGGCUGUCAAUGACGGCAGGAGACACAGACCACCCGUCGUCAGCCACCACAGCGAUGUUUUUGGUAUAGCGAGGAAAGGUGGCAAGCUGAGUGCUGCAAACACAGCUUGCGACAGUGAGGAAGAUAAGGAGGAUACGUCUGCGAGAAGAGCAUCUCUGCGCAGGUCAUCAUCAAUGAACAGCAAGAGUAGAACUGGCGGUGACGGUGACAUUGGGAAUUGCAAUAGCACUAGCAAUAAGGUCACAUACACCCACACCAACACCUCUCAGUACCCCAUCCAAGAAAAAAAAACGGACAAAGAAAAAGGACCUGUAAUGAGAGCGCGUCAACCGAAUGUCCUGAGAAGAUGGCAGCCGGAGAGUGCAGAGGGGAGCGGCCAGAGAGGGACAGGCGCGCGGAAGGUAUCGCCCUCACUGCGACAGCUGAAAACACGUUCGUUGCCAACCUAUCCAACUUACUCAAUGGGUGAAAUGAGUGGGAUGACUCAAGGCGAGAGAAACAGCCAUGUACACAAUGUACACAACACGCUCACCUCAGGUCAUUCUAACACUCACACACCCGCGCGCGCAACUGAAAACAGCACCCCCAACGACGCAGACAGCGAGGCUGGAAAUGUCUCACAGUCGAGUCUGGUGGAGUUGGAGGUGAGCGAGGGUGAGGAUGCAACGCAGUUUGACCUAGCGACGACGCCACGCCGCGAUAUUUUCAGCAGCCUGAGCGACAGAAGCAACACUACCAGCGCGCUUAACGCACUCAGCAACACCCACAACCCUGCACAGCUGUUCCCGCACGUCGUCGCUCCAAAGCCGCUGCAUGUGCACGUAGGCAACCCCCUCGGACGUAUAGAGGAGGAGGCGAAUGUGGUGCAAGUGCACAGGCCGCUGCCGGUGCAGCCCAAAAGGGUAGAGGAGGUGUCACAUGGGAGUGUGAGUGCGGCUAUGGGUAUGGGUAUAUCAAAUGCACUAAGUGCACGGAAUACACAGAAUGCGCCAAAAACAGACAUUCAAUCACACCUUUCACAGCUAUCACCCCUCUCUCCCAACAGAGGAAGACCACUGCCUUCUCCACACGGAAGCAACACCAACAGCCCGCUUGCAUCACCUAACCUACCAACACCAAGACACGCAGCUCUGCCAACUCCUCCACCUUCUUCUCACGCCAUUGGCGCCUUCGCGGACGCUGUGCAAGCUAACCACCAAAGCAACCCGCUCAGACCUUCGCGCAGCUAUAAACCAACGUUGAGUAGACGCUUCAAAACACACGUACUAGAUUGA